ACGGUAACCCAGCCCCUAACAACCCAUCACCCUUCUCUUAAAGUUAUCGUUAUUCCUUAUGAUAUGAACUCGGGAUACGGUAUCAUAUUUGACGCAUUUUUAGACUAUCAUACGGCAAGCUGCUUCUCUCAUUUUACUUGUACUCUCCAUUUUUGACCGUUCGAAAGAUUGUCCAGACAUUUUUGCAUUGGUGCUUUCUCGGUCCGUCCCCUCGACGUUACAUUGCUUCAUUGCGCUAGCUUCCUCAGAUCUCUCGCCCAAUCGGUCCGUUGUCGCCUCUCCCUUCCGCUUUUCUCCUCGCCCUCUCCCUUUCUCCCUAUUUUCAAAUCUCGUCCACCCGCAUUCAUCCCCUUUCCUCCGACCGAAUCUGCGGAUACUACGCUCUCUGCCCUCAGCCCUCCGUCUUCCGCAUACCAGAUACUCUUCCCGGCACGGAAGCUUAAUUUCGGCCAUCCCAUCCCAUCAUAUCUCUCCCUCCUAUUGCUUGUUCGCUGCCCCCCCAUAUCCUAUUCUAUCGCCUCGCGCACCCGUGCUCCCCCCGCCACGUUGAGGCGGUCUCUCCUGGACCAUCGGCAUUUUUUCCUCCCCCAGUCGGUUCAUCCGUCCCUCCAUCAUGCCAGACACAUCUCUCCCUCAGUCUCCCCAACUAGACCACCAGCAGCCCCCAAAGACAGCCGCAUCGCUCCCAUCGUCGCUUAAGGAGUCGCUCGCAGCAUCCACAUCGCCUACGUCACUCCCAUCGUCUCCCACUACUGUGAAAUCCGCAUCCGGGGGCGCCGGAGGUGACGCGCCGGACCAGAAGCCAUCGCAACUUAAAAACAAGGGUAAGGCUGUGCAGGAUCCAACGGAUUCGGACUCGUCCGAAGUGAGGUCCCUCAAAAGACGACCAUCAACCUCAGCCCUGCUGCUCGACCAAUACAUCACACGCGAUCACCUACACGCGGCUGCGAUAUUCUCCCAGACUGAGGCUUCCAACAACCUCAUCCGCUCAAAACGACGCGAAGUUGAAUAUUAUCAGCACCUUCGACGCGAACGGCAGGUCAAUCCGGGAGCGGUAUUUGGAUACGGCUACCAAGGCUAUGGGAAUGGAUUUACUGAUGGAAAAUCGCGAAUUUUGUAUCCAUGUCAACGGAAGCGGCCGGGAGGGAGGAAAGCGCGAGAACUGCGAUUAUCUCGAUCGCAACUUCAGACGCAGGCGGAGAUAGUGGAAUCGUUGGUUCCCGUGCGGCUCGAUAUCGACUACGAGAAGAUCAAGCUUCGGGAUACAUUUACAUGGAAUAUGCAUGAUCGAUCAAUACCCCUUGAACUCUUUGCCGAACAGUUGGUUGAGGAUUUCCACCUCCCUCUAACCCCUGCGCUUGUGCAGAUGGUGGCCAACUCAAUUCGGGAGCAGGUCACUGAUUACCAUCCUCAUGUUUUCUUUGCGGAUGAUCCGCUGGAUCCGACUUUACCUUAUACAGCUUAUAAGAACGACGAUAUGCGGGUUCUCAUUAAGCUCAAUAUUACCAUAGGGCAGCACACAUUGGUGGAUCAAUUUGAAUGGGAUAUCAAUAAUCCACUAAACUCACCAGAGGAGUUUGCGCAGCUUUUAACGCGCGAGCUUUCCCUAUCCGGGGAGUUUACUACAGCGAUUGCCCACUCAAUACGAGAGCAGGCUCAACUGUUCACGAAGUCUCUUUUCCUUACUGGGCAUCCUUUCGAUGGCCGGCCAAUUGACGAUGAGGAUAUCCGGUCCGCCAUGCUUCCAUCACCACUAUCCGGUCUUCUCCGACCGGCAGGACAUGCGAAGGAAUACGCACCUCUGCUGUACGAGCUCUCGGAUACCGAUAUGGACCGCGCAGAGAAAUCGCUUUCCCGUGAGGCGCGUCGCAAAAGACGGGUCAACCGGAGGGGAGGUCCAAGCCUGCCCGAUCUUAAAGAAGUCCCCAAGACGCAUCGAUCGCAGAUUGUGUCUAGCGUGCUUCCCGGCGCGGUUCGGGAGGUCUCACAGCUCAAAAAGACGAUGACCUCUAAGACAGUCAGGGACGGAGAAUCCGAUGAUGAUUCGUCAGAGUCCGAUAUGGAAGAUGUGCCAAUUGAGAAGGCCAUCCCAGGCUAUGCCAACAUGACCAAGAGGCAACGGAUAGCAGCCCAGAACCAGCUUCGGGCUUCUACCGGUCGUUCACAGACUCCAGAGGUUGCGAGCGUACAACGAGAAUAUGCACACCACCACCGUGUCGAGCAUCAUCAUACCCCCAGCCAUCUUGCACGGGCCUCCACACCCCUGUUCUCGCGAAGGCCAGGUGUUCCUGCGCACACUGAUAGUAUCCUUGUUAAACUCAAGAUUAGAAAAGAGAAGCUUCGAGAAGCGCUCGCUAGUGUGGAAGAGAGGGAAGCGGCAAAGAAGCAACAAGGAGAAGCCCAAGCCCGAACCCAGGCGCAACAGCAGCAACAAGAUCAACAAAAGCAGCAGCAGCAGCAACAUGCGCCACAACCGCCGGCCCAACAGCGGCCGCAGCCGGAGCAAGGCCAAUUGUCUCAAUCGUCACCGAUGCCCCCACCACAGACCCCCAUAUCAGCACCAAGGGCGGCUUCGAAUGCUGCCGUUUCCUCAACGCCCGCACAGUCAACUCCUACUCCAGCCCCAAGGCCAGAAGCUGGGAAUACUCCGGUACGGUCCUUAAUCAUUAUGCUCAAGAUCCCCUCGAUGCGAAGGAAACUUCCAUCUCUAAAACAAAACGCAAGUAGACGCAAACAGAAGAAAGAGAGAAAGCGACAUUCCCUGCCUUGAAAUACCAUGCUUACUUAUUAAAGUGAGCGUGAUCUUGAAGGAAAAAAAAAAGGAAACAGAAAAUCUGUUUACGUUUACUGCGUUUUUGUCACCCCGAUCAUUUUACUUAUUCCUUUAUCCCUUUAGGCACAAUUACCAUAUUCUAUCCCCCCCCUUUGCAAGAAAGGAGCUGUCCCGCUGACGUCUAGUUUCUCGACAAAACAGCCUCCGCCAGAAUGGCUCAGUGCCGCAAUUGCCGAACUGCAUGUCUCUCACCCGGCUGACCGUUUUGAAAUCAUGAUGCGACACACGGCCUAUGACCCCUUGACUGACAAUCCCCUGCCCCCGCACUCGACAAAUCCCAACGUCAGGUACAAGUACAGUCCGCGUAUCCGCUGCCACGAUUGCCCUGGGAAGCUGUACACUCCGGGACCGAGUCAGUCCAUUGAGAACUUUUUAACCCAUCUGAAAAAUAGAGGUCAUAGGUUCGUUUUGCCCCUUUCUCGUCCAGAGCGGUGGGACAUACAUAUACUGACAGAUGGCUGGUCGGUCGCAACAGGGAACGUGUGGACCAGCGAGUCAAACAGCAGAGCAAAUCCGCAGAGCGGUCAUAAUUGGGGAGAGGUUUCCUUUUUUUUCCCUUCCGCUUUCAUCUGUUAUUUUCCGUUGCUUGUUUCCUGGCUUGGUUCCUUGUUUACAAAUUCAAUUUCCUCUUGAUCUACUGCUCCUUUUUAAGAAUUUCGCCUCUUUUAUUUGUUUAUUCCAAACUGCCCUGCGGACGGGCACAAGCAAGCAUGGGUCACGCGGAAGACUAAUAGAUGAAAAGUCGUCUGUCAUCAAAUUUUGUACGAUUGCUAUUUAUUGGUAGAUACAAAGCUACCGCUAUAAGCUUGGUUUAGUUAACACGGAAAAGUGGGAGUGGGGGAGUGGGUGUAAAUUUUAAAAAAUCUGUUCGGCUGGUU